AUGGUUGUUAAGACCGAGCUUUGCAGUUAUACGGAGUUCCGUGUCUACCCUGGACACGGCCAGCGCUUCAUCGCUAAGGACGGGAAGGCACAUUUCUUCUUCAACUCGAAGGCCGCCUCCCUUUUCCAGCAGCGCAUCAAGCCCGUCAAGUUGACUUGGACUGAGAAGUGGCGUCGUCUGAACAAGAAGGUCAGGACCACUGAGGUCGCCCGCAAGAAGACUCGUCGCACUGUGAAGGUCCAGAAGGCCAUCAUGGGUCUCUCUCUGGAGGACUUCCAGAAGAAGAAGUCUGAGCGCACUCAGCUCCGCAAGGAGGCUGAUGCCAAGAGGGCUGCCGAGCUUAAGGAGAAGGAGAAGGCCAAGGCUGCUCGCGCUGCUGCUAGCAAGACUGCUAAGCAUCAGGAGAAGCCUGUCGCCGCUAAGANNNNAACAACAGACAAGUGUUGGAGGAAUAUAUUUUCACUUUCCUCAGCUGAGCACAGGAGUUCGGAUGGAAUUGCAUAG